CUUUUAGUAGGACCUGUGAAUAAAAGCAAACCAUUAUUAACCGUUCACCAAUAGUGUGAACUUGUCAAUCCCAUCCCAACUCUAGAAAUAAUAAUAAUAAUAAUAAAUAUAUAAGGAGGAAUGUAUCAGCAAAAAAACCUAAACACUCUGUUCGAAAGCAGAGACACCCCCACAAGAAAAGCAGAGAGUUUUGUUUCCUCUGUAAUUUUUUUCCCCAACUCUUGUGUAAAUUAAAUUCAUGUCAUAGAAAAUGAAGGGUGGAUCACUUUAUAGUCCCUAGGCAAUGACCCCACAAUCUACAAAGUUUGGACACGCGUCACCCUCCUCUUGGGAGAGGGUUCUUUUUCCACAAGAUCAACAAUGCCCUCAUCUCAUGAGCAUAAAUAACAGAGUCCCCUAACCCCCAACUCCCUGGUGGUUACAACCCCUUUACUCCCCCUCCCCUGUUCUUAACUGAACUCAGCUUAUAUUCUUUGCAAAUGCAUAGUUUUCGCGCAUUUUUCCUGUUUUGGACAUUGGUGGCACUCUUGUUAUUAGCUUCUCAGGGCUCUAAUGCUAGAACCCAUUUCCAUAAAAAGCAAAAUAAGAUCCGUCAUAGAGACAAUGGCGGCCCAGCUUUCGAGUCUCCUGUGCCGUCGUCCCCCGCCACCAAUCCCCCGCCGAACGACACUUCGACUUACGAGGCAAAUUCGAGCUCGGACGGUUGCAUCUACGACGUGCGAUCAUUCGGAGCGGUCGGUGACGGCUCCACCGAUGACACCGAGGCGUUCCGCUCCGCUUGGAAGGAGGUCUGCUCUGUCGAGUCUGCCACCCUGCUUGUGCCCUCCGACGGCGUGUUCAUGAUAACUUCCACUAUCUUCUCCGGCCCGUGCCAACCCGGAAUCGUGUUUCAGGUGGACGGGGUGUUGAUGCCGCCGGACGGCCCCGAUUGUUGGCCGGAGUCGGACAGUAAGAGGCAGUGGCUUGUGUUCUACAACCUCGACGGAGUGACGUUCCAAGGAGAAGGAACAAUUGAAGGGAACGGAGAGGAGUGGUGGAACCUCCCCUGCAAACCACACAGAGGGCCAAAUGGAUCCACAUUGCGCGGCCCUUGCGACAGCCCCGCGUUGAUUAGGUUUUUUAUGAGCUGCAACAUAGUAGUGAGGGAUUUAAGGAUUGAAAACAGUCCACAAUUUCAUGUGAAAUUCGACGGAUGCGAGGGGGUGCACAUAGAGGGGGUUUCCAUAAACUCCCCUGCUUUGAGCCCUAACACUGAUGGGAUCCACAUUGAGAAUACUAAGUCCGUCGCCAUCUAUAAUUCCAUGAUAAGUAACGGCGAUGACUGCAUUUCGAUUGGGCCGGGCUGCGCUGAUGUUGAUAUUGCGAACGUGACUUGUGGGCCCAGUCAUGGUAUAAGCAUCGGAAGCUUGGGCGUGCACAAUUCUCAGGCAUGCGUCUCCAAUGUAUCGGUCCGGAACGCGGUGAUCCGGCACUCGGACAACGGCGUCCGGAUCAAGACGUGGCAGGGCGGGAUGGGCGCCGUGUCGGGCAUCAGCUUCGCGGGCAUCUACAUGGAGAAUGUGCGCAACUGCAUCAUCAUCGACCAGUACUACUGCCUCGACAAGCGGUGCACCAACCAGACGUCUGCCGUGUACGUGUCGGACGUCUCGUACGUGGGCAUCAAGGGCACGUACGACGUCCGGAGCCCGCCGGUGCACUUCGCGUGCAGCGACACCGUCCCAUGCACCAACAUCACGAUGGCCGACGUCGAGCUCCUCCCCUUUGAAGGGGAAUUGGUGGAUGAUCCCUUCUGCUGGAACACGUAUGGUGCGCUCCAAACCCUAACCAUUCCACCCAUAUCUUGUUUGCAGGAUGGGGUCCCCCAGGAUCUGCAAGAGAACUCAAACUUUGGUUGCUGAGUUUUACAUUUCGCGUGUCACAUUUUGUAAAGUAGAUACAUAGGAUAGUGUAAGCUAGUAGAAUAAUGAAUUAGCUAAUAUAAGAUUUAUAAGAUUUUUGGGGGAUUGUGUAUGUUGCUUGUGCUCCCUCCCUUUUAGCUUAGUAGUGUUUGUUAACUGCUACUUGCC